GCAAUGGUUCGCUCCAAGCUCUCAGUCUCAGCGUCUCAGUCUCAGCAUCAUUCUCACAGCAGCCUCCCUCCCUCCUCCACACAUCGGGAACUUUGCUGCCACCAAGUAACUGCAUGAGGAUUAUUUGCUGCUCCAGUCCGAGGACAUCAGGACAUGACACCCAUGGAUGGCAUUGUUGCUUUCUGGGCUUGUAUGCUCGCUGCUAAAGCAGUGAUUGGACUUGGAACAGACCCAGAUCUUCAAAUUGACAUCAUUUCAGAGCUGCUACUUGACAACAGCACACGCGGUGUCACACAAGUGUUUGGCGCUCACAAUGGCAGCAAAGCCUUCUUAUUUCACGAUGUGGAACGGGAGAUUCACGCGGCACCGCACACCAGCGAGAAGGUGAUCCAGCUCUUCAGGAAUAAGAGCGAAUUCACCUUCCUGGCCUCCAUCCAGCAAAGGUCCUCCUCCUCUGGGGUCAUCCUCUCCAUACGAGAGAUGGAGCACAGCUUCUUUGAACUGGAGAGCAGCGGCUUGAGGGAUGAAAUCAGAUACCACUACAGAUAUAAUGGAAAGUCGAGGACGGAAACUUUCCCCUACCGUCUGGCGGAUGGACAGUGGCACAAAGUGGCUUUGACGGUCAGCGCCUCGCACAUCCUUCUUCACGUCGACUGCAACAAGAUCUACGAGCGUGUAAUAGAUCCUCCGGAAACCAACCUUUCGCCAGGAAGUACACUGUGGCUGGGGCAACGCAACAGAAAACAUGGCUUCUUUAAGGGAGUGAUCCAAGAUGCCAAGCUCAUAUUCAUGCCAAACGGGUACAUAACACAGUGCCCAAACCUGAAUCGCACCUGCCCGACCUGCAGCGACUUCCUCAGCCUCGUCCAGGGGAUUAUGGAUCUUCAGGAGCUGCUGGCAAAACUCACCGCUAAAUUGAAUUACGCAGAGUCCCGGCUGAGUCAGUUGGAGACUUGUCACUGUGAGAAGACCUGCCAGGUCCAUGGUGUGAUCUACAGGGACAAGGACUCGUGGGUAGAUGAUGACCACUGCCGAAACUGCACAUGCAAGAAUGGUGCUGUGGAGUGCAGGCGAAUGUUGUGCCCACCUCUAAACUGUUCCCCCGAACACCUCCCCAUCCACAUCCCAGGACAGUGCUGCAAAGUCUGCCGGCCCAAAUGUGUUUCGGGUGGGAAAGUCCUGGCUGAAGGUCAGAAGAUCCUCACGACAAGCUGCAGAGAAUGCCGAAAUGGAGCUUUGCAAAAGGUAGCGGAGCCCUGUCCGCCGCUUAACUGCACCGAAGAUGAUCGGAUCCUUCCAGAGAACGAGUGCUGCUUUGUCUGCCGAGGAUAUGAUUUCUGCGCCGAUGGGCAUGAGUGUGGAGAAAACUCGGAAUGUCGGAACGAGAUCACAAAAGCCACGUGCGAAUGUCGAAACGGUUUUGUGCCGGUGCAGGGCGACCCAACUUACUGCGAAGACAUUGAUGAAUGUGCUGCCAAAAUGCAUUACUGCCAAGCCAACACCGUAUGUGUCAAUUUACCGGGAUCUUACCGCUGCGACUGUCUCUCAGGAUACACCCGAGUAGACGACUUCUCCUGCACAGAACACGAUGAUUGUGGCAAUGGACACGGCAGCUGCGAUGAGAACUCUAUCUGUACCAACUCAGUGCAAGGACACAGCUGCACGUGCAAGCCUGGAUAUGUGGGCAACGGCACCGUCUGUCAACCUUUCUGCGAGGAAGGAUGCCGAUAUGGUGGAACCUGUGUGGCCCCCAACAAGUGUGCCUGUCCUCCCGGAUUCACCGGAGCCCACUGUGAGAAAGAUAUUGAUGAAUGUGCUGAGGGCAUCAUAGAGUGUCACAACCAUUCCCGCUGUGCUAACCUCCCGGGGUGGUACCACUGUGAGUGCAGAAUCGGUUUCCAUGACAACGGGACCUACUCCAUAUCUGGGGAGUCCUGUGUUGACAUUGAUGAAUGCGCACUGUGGACGCACACCUGCUGGAACGAUUCUGCCUGCGUGAACCUCGAGGGCGGCUUUGACUGUCUCUGCCCGUCGGGACUCUGCACCGGCGAUUGCCCUCACGACGACGGGCUGAAGCGCAACGGGCAAGUCUGGACUUUGAAAGAGGAUCGCUGCUCGGUGUGCUCCUGCAAGGAUGGGAAAAUCUUUUGCCGAAGGACAGCUUGCGACUGCCAGAACCCGACGCGUCGACCUGUUCUGCUGCCCGGAGUGCGACACCAGGGUGACCAGCCAAAUGCCUGGAUCAAAACGGGCAUAAAGGUCUAUCACAGCGGAGACAACUGGACGUACAGCUGCCAGCAGUGCCGAUGCCUGGCCGGAGAGGUGGACUGCUGGCCAUUAAGCUGCCCAACGCUGAGCUGCGAGUACACGGCGAUCACAGACGGCGAAUGUUGCCCGCACUGCGUGGACGACCCCUGCGCAGCAGAUAACAUCACUUACGACAUUCAGAAAACCUGCCAGGACAGUCAGGGGGCCACGCGGCUCAGCGGAUCCGUAUGGACGAUGUCCGGGACGCCAUGUACAACCUGCAUAUGCAAGAAUGGAAGUAUCUGCUGUUCGGUGGACCUAGAAUGCCUUCACAAUAACUAAAGGUCUAAACACGGACUCUUGUUUUAGAGGAAAAAAAAAACAAAAGAAACUGAUGCAGUCCCAAUCGAUAACAGAGUAUAAAAAAAACACAAGACAACAUUUUAUACAACAGACAAUUACCAAAGUCUUCAAAAAGAUAUUUGGCAGUUGCUAGGGGACCUUCUAUCAUGUCCGGCUGCUCCACCUCCAUUUGGGCCGACGGAGGUCAUUUUCACCACAAAAGGAUUAAAAGCUCAAAUCUCCAGCAAAAACAAAAACAAAAACAGUCAAUAUCAAUGUUGUGAGUCACAGUCACGUUCUACGCGUUUCAUCAACAAACAAAAAAAAUGCUGUUUUUUUUUCCCCUAGUAAAAGGUUUAAUGUCCUUUUUCAUUUUCCUUUUUGAAUGUGGACACCCGUGUUGAUUUUUUGGAAGAUCUCAAAAGUCAAGAACAAAAAAAAUAAAAAAAGUGUUGCGUCUCAUCGUCUCCAACUUUGGUUAGAACGGUCCCUUUGCCUGGUGUUUCUCUGGAAAUAAUGUAUGUAUGUAAAGUCUAUCUAUUGACAUAGCAUCUUUAUUUAAUAGCGGAUGACCUCACCCAACGUCUCCAACAUAAAAAAAAAAUAUAUAUAUAUAUAGAUCAGUACAAGCUUCUACGAGUCGGACCACUACCACCGGACUAAUCAAUCCUUCACCCUUGUUCUGUAAAAUGGACAUAGACUGCUUUGUGACACCAAGCGAUCGAGCAACUGGACUAAAAACAGGACAAGGACCUCAUCUCAAAAAGCGUAGAGGACUUUGAAGAGCAAAGCCCGCCAUCUUGUACCACGGUAGAUGCUUGCAUUGCUUCGAAGGAGACUAUCCUGUAGAAAAAAACUCUGCAUUCGUUUUUCAUAGCCAAGGACCUUCUAAAGCGUAAAGACGAGAUGAAAAAAUAAUGCGCCCAACAUUUCUACAUGGGUCACCGAAAUGUACAAAAAUAUUUUCACAUAAGUUAUUUUCUGAAUGACGGUCAGAAGAUGAUUGCAAAAAAAAUAAAUAAAAAAUUAAGAAUGUCUAAAAAAA